AUGUCGCCUAUUGGCGGCAUGGCUGCUGGUCCGUCGUUCAGCGGUAGGGUCUUCCCGGCGCUGGGGCAAAGAUCUCAACGAACCGAAGGACGGUACCUGGUACUAGAACGUACGGACGAGGACCAGACGCUGGAAAAACUCUCCCCGUUUCUUAUUGACAAAGCUAUAAGGAACUGUUGCGGAGAUGUCAACAGUGUCAAACGCAUCAAGGACGGUAAGAUUUUGAUCCAUACGAAAACUGACAAACAAGGAAAACAAUUGGAGAAGCUAAAAUCUCUUGCACAAAGCAUCAAUAGAUCUCCUGAAAUCGGAGACGAAGAGAUACUCGAAGAACUACGCGCACAAAAGGUUACGAAACUUGAGCGAAUUCUAAGGAAAACAAACGGCAUUCCAAUCAAAACGUCGACAUUCAUACUAACACUAGAAACAACAGUACCUCCACAAGAGAUUAAAGUUGGUUUCCUGAGCGUUAAAACCAGACCGUAUUAUCCCCGUCCAAUGCGAUGCUUCCAGUGCUUUGCUUUUGGUCACAUCGGUGAAAACUGUAACAGAGAUAAGCUAUGCGCGAACUGCGGAGACAAAGAGCACGGAGAACAAUGUGACAAAAAUACUAAAUGCGUGAAUUGCGGAGAGCCGCAUUCUGCGCUCAAUCGAAGAUGCCGAAUCUUUAACAAAGAGGUGGAGAUAGUAAAAUUAAAAGUAGACCGUGAUAUCACGUUUUUUGAAGCAAGGCAGCUUGUAGAGCUGCGCGAAACUCCAAAGACCAGAUACACCGACGCGGUGAACCAAAACAACCGCCAAUGCAAUUGCAAGUGCACUUGCAGUGUAACAAUCCCAGAAACAAGCAGCAAUGCUGAAGCAUCUAAACCAGCGACACCAAGCCAUUCGUAUGCCUUCAAGAAACCAUGUGCCCAACGAACGAUGCAGCAAAAAUUCACGGUUUCACAACGUACCAUCGGAAACGCAGCAGCGGCAGCAGAGCCGCAGGCGGAGUUAUAA